AUGUGGGGAAGAGCAAGUUUUUCUUCAAGGAAGCAAAAAGGCUGGGAACAUUCAUGGUUUGGAACAAUCACGCAGAAAUUGGCCUUGGAGGUUGUUCAAAAGAUUGAAGCCUUAGACAAGGCUAAGACAGCAGCACAGUGCAAUAGUCUGUAUGGUUACAGGAUGGUGAACUCUUUAAAAGAGAAGAGAGUGAGAAAUUGAUGCGCUGGCAUAAAGGAUCACUUGUGCCGGCUCUAGUAAACUAUGAAGCUGCGCUGUGCCCCGACGAGAGCACUGUUUGCCAAAUGUAUGUUCAUGGGGGCAUUUCUGACGACAUUAUGGAUUAUGAUUAACUUCAAUUGGGUCACUCGGAAUCAGGAAGAUUUGGGAAAAGUCCACAGAUUGGCAGCAAAAAGAACAUCACAAUACUACCAACUUCCAUCACUGUACAAAGAUGGCGCUGCUUCACACAACGAGCCCAUUACGGCUGACUCAAAUGAUAUUAAAAAAGAGGGCUUCAACUACAUUCCUAACUAUGUUGUUAAUAACGAUUCUGUCCCUUUCAAAUGGAGAGGAAUAUUUAUUAAAGGAGAAAAUCUUCGCAAUGAGGACUUAGCAAUGCUCAAUGAAUCUCAAAAUCAAUCUGAAAAAUACUCACAAAACAUUCCGAUGCUAAAACCAGGGAGAAAAAAUCGUUUCCACUAUUCAACCUCAAAAAUAUAUGGACCUAACCUAGUAAACGAUUCUAUACAGCUCCGUUUUGUCCGAGACUUUAUGGGGAAAAGGUUACCCAUGGGGCACGACAGACAUCUCCAGUUUAUAGAUUUCGAAGAUUUUGGUUUUCACAAUCCUAUUUACAUCAACAUGGUGCGAGAUCCGAUGAACAGAACUAUAUCAUCAUUCUACUACAGACGGAGAAAGAGAGUAGAAGCGCCAUCUUUAUAUUCGGAAAUAGCGAGAAAUAGGACUCUAGAUGAGUGUAUGGAGGUAGAAGGAAUGAGUAAAUGCUUAGUUACAAACAGUUCGAAGGAUAACAUCUUCAAUCCAGUCUCUCUCUAUGUGAGCUGGUUCUGUGGCCAGCACGAGGAAUGCAGAAUGAAUCGAGACUAUGCCAUGGCUAGGGCAAAGAGAAACAUCAUAAAAUACUACCGAGCGGUAGGAAUCACAGAAGAGUUCAGGCAGAGUCUGGAGCUUCUUGAAGCGACGCUACCUAGCUACUUCCAGGGUGCUGUUAGGCGAUAUGACGAAAUGCCUAAAAAGAACGUUAAUAUGAACAAACUUCAAUACCCAACUAGAACCGAAAAAGAAAUACGUUAUUGGCUAAAAGACGAUUACGAAAUGUACAACUUCAUCAAAGAAAGAUUUUAUAAAGUACUAAAAAUAUAUUUUAAGGAAGACUUGGCUAUACCCUAAAGUUCUGUCGUCUUAUUGUGAUAUCCAAUAUGGUAUGGCGUUUCAAACAUCAAGACAUAUUUUAUAAGUUUUAAAUACUGAUACUUAAUACACCUUUAAUUCUCAUGGUUGUUACAUCAAACCAAAUAAAGUGAUAUGAUUUGCAUACAAG